AUGACUAAUAAUAAUAAUAAUAAUAAUAAUAAUAAUAAUAAUAAUAAUAAUAAUAAUAAUAAUAAUAAUAAUAAUAAUAAUAAUAAUAAUAAUGAUAAUAAUAAUAAUAAUAGUAAUAAUAAUAAUCGUAAUCAUAAUAGUAAUGACAAUAGCAACAGUAAUCAUAAUGAUAAAAGUAGUAGUAAUAAUAAUAACAGUAAUAGUAAUGGUAAUGGUAAUAAACGUUAUGAAAAACAAUUAACAUAUAAUGGAUUAAUUCAAUGUUUUUGGUUAAUUCAUAUCAAUCCACAAGAUCGUAUCAUGAUACAAUCAAUUGAUUUUGAUCUAGCUAAUGAUUCAUUGACAUGUAAUGAAGAUCAUUUAACAAUUUAUGAAUCAGUAAAUGAUCAAAAUGAUAAUAUAACAUUGUCAGAAAUGGAUACAUUCACUAAACGAAUUGGUAAAUAUUCAUAUUGUGGAUCAACAGGUUUUAGAGUCUUGUCUAGUUCUAAUCAGUUAUUGUUAAUAUUUAAAGCACAAUCAAUUGGAAAACAUAAAGGUUUUAAUCUACGUUAUUCAGCUAUAAAUUCUAAUUUGGCAAAUAUAGUAGAAUCUUCAUCACAGUCGUUGAUAAUGAAUAGGACAUGUGAUUCAUCAUUUGAAUGGAAAUGUCCAACAACUCAAUGUAUAUUGAAAAUAUGGAGAUGUGAUGGAUUUUCUGAUUGUUCAGAUUCGGAAGAUGAACUAAAUUGUUUAAGUCCACUUUCAAAAAUAUCUCUUUUGAAUAAAAGACAAAAGAGGUCAGUUUAUGAUAAUGAAGAAAACUGGGGUCGUGUGGUCAAUGGUCAACCGGCUCCAAAAGGAGCUUGGGCUUUUAUAGUUUCUUUAAGAUUCUCUGGAAAUGGGGGACAUGUUUGUGCAGGCAGCCUGAUUAGCCCACAAUGGGUAAUGACCGCUGCACACUGUGUUCAACCAAUGCCAGAUCCAAAACGAUGGUUUGUAGACGUUGGAAGAUAUUAUAAAAACACUGGUGGUCCUGAAGUUCAAAGAAUAAAAAUUUCGCAAAUUGUUAUACACCCGUCUUACAAUAAAAGAAUUUACGCCAAUGACAUAGCAUUGUUACGUCUACAAACACCAGCUAAUUUAAAAACUCAACAGGUUCGACUUUCUCCAGUUGCACGUAGUUCUCAUUUAUCCAAUUUAUUAACAGCUAAUGUUCAGUGCAUGGUUGCUGGUUGGGGAGAUACACAUAAUACAGGUUCAAAUGAUGUUCUAAGACAAGCAGUUCUUCCUGUUAUUAAUUAUGAUCUUUGUAAAUCAUGGUAUUAUUAUCUUAAUAGAGCAAGCUUUUGUGCUGGAUACAAGCAAGGAGGAAUUGAUGCUUGCCAAGGUGAUAGUGGGGGUCCUCUAUUGUGUUAUGUUGGAGGUCAAACAGUUCAAGCUGGAAUUGUAUCAUGGGGUAACGAUUGUGCAAAACCAAGAAAUCCAGGAGUUUAUACUAAUGUGGCUAUGUUUUUUGACUGGUAUUCAAGUGUUUUGUAA